GAUCUUUAUUGGUUAAUGAUCCAGUGAUAUUCAUUUUGACACGUUGGGUAGGUAUAUUUAUCCCCUCCGUUGCUGAUGUGUAUUGAUUUUUUUUUGUGUGUGAAUGUGGUUGACCAGGUAAUUCAUAGACGUAAACUUACCUACAACUAUUGAUAUUAAGGCACGCUGUAAAGACACCAAGAUGAAGAAGUCCAUCGGAAUGAAGUUGAUCGAGAUCUAUUUGAUUUUUGCACUUGUUGUCAUCACAUACUCAUCUGCCAUUCCUAAACCCGGUGAGGACAAAAAGAAUCGAGUCCAUGAACAGAAACUGAGUGAAGCUGAACAUGAGCAUGAAGGAGAACACAAUACAGAUUAUGACCACGAGGCUUUCUUAGGCAAAGAUGAGGCCAAAACAUUUGAUCAACUCACGCCCGAGGAAAGCAAGGAAAGGCUAGGAAUUAUUGUUGGGAAAAUUGACAAGGAUGGAGAUGGGUUGAUCACAGAGCAGGAACUAAAAGAAUGGAUUCAGUAUGUUCAGAAAAGGUACAUUGUCACGGAUACUGACAGAAUGUGGAAGGACCACACUACAGAAGGAGAUAAACUCUUGUGGUCGUCGUAUAAAAAGAGAACAUACGGAUCAGAUGAAGAUCCAAAUGAGGAGGACUCUUCCACAUUCAGUUACAAAGACAUGAUCGAGCGGGACGAGAGACGAUGGAAGGCUGCCGAUAAAAAUGGGGAUGGUUUCCUAUCGAAGGAGGAGUUCGCAGACUUCCUUCAUCCAGAGGAAGCAGAGCAUAUGAGAGAUAUUGUCGUGAAGGAAACUAUGGAGGACAUUGACAAAGAUAAAGAUGGAUAUAUCAGUUUAGACGAAUACAUAGGGGAUAUGUGGCCAGAAAAAAAUGAGGAGGAGCCCGACUGGGUCAAAACUGAACGUGAUACGUUCAAAUCUGUCCGAGAUAAAAAUGGAGAUGGCAAAAUGGAUCUUCAGGAAGUUAAAAACUGGAUCAUUCCCCCUGAUUAUGAUCAUUCUGAGGCUGAAACUAAACACCUCAUUCAUGAAUCAGAUAACAAUAAGGAUAACAAGUUGACAAAGGAAGAAAUCCUAGAACACUAUGACCUCUUUGUGGGCAGCCAAGCUACAGACUUCGGAGAGGCUCUCACAAGACAUGAUGAGUUUUAAAAACGUGAACUUUAGUUCAAUCAAGUGCCGUUGCACUAACAGUUUUAUCAUCUUUUCAUCAAGAUCAUUCUUUUUCCUCAUGUUAUGUGUGUGUAUUACCUAUCAAGAGACUAGAUUUUAAUUUUUGUCAGAUGAUUGAGUUAGUGAUAAAAAAAAUUUGAAAUAACAGUCUUGAUGUUUGAAGUUCAAUCAGUCAUUAAGAUUGCCGGUGCAUUAAGAAUUUGAUCUGUUCAGGAAGUGAUGAUUGAAUGUCCUCUUAACAUCUGUAUGUUUACAGAUUGCUGAAAGUAAAUAUAUUGAAUAUCCUUAUAACAUCUAUAUUUUUACAGAUUGCUGAAAGUAAAUUUUUAUAUGUGUUUGAAAGACAUUAGAAGGAAUAUUGAUGAAGGGGAAUAUCUUCUAAACAUCUCAGAUCCUUAUUAAUGACUGAGUUAUUACCCUAAUGCAUUUUAUGAAAUAAGCAAAACUCCUUUGAUAGGUUUUACACUGUAGCGAAUACCAAAAGUGGUCUUGUAUACAUGUGUGAGCAUGUUUAUAAUUGUGAUGCUGUAGUUAUAGAGAAAAUGCCUAUAUAGUUGUAAAUAUGCUGUGUAAAAGUUUUUUUUUAAAUAUAGCUACAUGUAUAUUGAGCUUUUCUGAUCAUGUUUGUGUGACAUCUCUUUGUAUAUCUUUUCAGUGUGAACUUCACACAUUUUCAGUUUGGUUUUUUUCUCCAGAAAAACGGUCAUUUUUAAUCAACUUGCUACAAAGCAAUGUCAGAUUCUCGUUUGUCUAAUCUUGACCUUAGGUCAAGGGAGACACCACAAAUGAGUUUAAAUUUUUGAAAUUUAUAAAUAUAUUGAAGAAUUCUUUCAAAAUCUUUUGAAGAACUGCAAGAAUGCAAUUUUUAAUGGUGUGUAAAUUCAAGUUUAUCCUCUUGGGAGGAUCUAAGAUUUUCAAUUAAAAAAAUCACAGGAUCCACCCCAGGGGGAGGGGGUCUUUAAGUUUUUAUGUGCAACACCCAUUGUGUUUGUCCAUGACCUCCAGGUCAAGGUUAGCCAUUAAGAUUAAAAGUUUUACAUUAGAAUGCAAAGGAAAAUCUUGUUACGAAGAACUACGACCUGCAUGAUUACAAAAGUGGAUUCAAAUUUAUUGAAAAUCUGCUAUCGCCAGGUGAGCUAUGAGGACCUAUGCCAUAGAUUCUGAUCCCAAUAGGGUAGAUUUUUUAUUUUUUCUAUAUAGUAUGCUUUUCUUUUUUCCAUGAUUAUUUUUUUUAUUGGUGUCCGGUACUGAUUUACUGGAGAUGUUGUUAUUGGUAAAAUUGUUAGUUAAUUUGCUUUAAUUUUGAUUUUGUAUUAAUCAAAAUUUUUACACAAAAAAAUUAGUCAUCUUUGAAGGAUUUUGUCAUGUUUGUAUAAGAAUUAUGCCUGUGUAGCAUGUUGUUGGCUCAAAGUUUAAUUAUCUUAGAUAAAUAUAAAUGAAUGAUACAAAGAUCUGAAAUGUUAACAGAAGUUUUAUAAGAAUGCAUGCUUUAAUUUGAAUUGAGAACCCAGCUCAUACACAGUAGUUUUGGACUUUCCUUGGGUGUGAGAAUUUAUUUGGUACAAACAUGUUCAAGACUUCACAAGAAUUGAAGAUGCCAAAUAUGUACAUGUAAGAAAAGUUUACAGAAUACCAAAGAGCACAGUGUAAUGUAGGCAUUAUUGUUGUAGCACUGAAUGGGGUGUGGUAAUUCAAAAACACUGUGUCUAUCUAACGACCCAUGUGUUCCUAUUAUGAGACAGAGUAUGGAUUUCAUCCACAUAAUUACUAUGUGGGUAUGUAUAUUGAUUAAUUUGCUUGUCAAACAAUCAAUUUUUAAAAUAGAUCGUAUGAUGUCCUAAGUGAAUGUGUUCCAAUACUUCGAGUUAUGCCCCUUUGUAUUCAUUGAACAAAAAAUUUUCAAUGUGCAUAAUUUUAUGAAUGAUAUUUAUAUAUCUAUUAUCUAGUUUAUCACCAUCAAUGUUAAAAAGGUUGUAUGCAGUGUCUCACAUCUGAAGUCUGUCAUGGAAUUUUAUAUUUAUUUUUGUGUUUCUUGCCAGUUUGUGCUAGUGGUGAGUGUAUUGAGCAAAUCAUGUAUUUUAUGAUUUAAAAAAUAUGGUUGGAUUGAAAAAUAGAGUAACUGGAUUUUUUCCUUUAAUAUGUUAUUUGAUGAGUACUCUGCAAUAAAAACUGGAUAUUGUUAAAGUUUGA